AUGUGUUGGACUCCGAACCCUCUGCCCUGCUGUUCCUCCCAUCAUCCUCCAUCUGUUCGACCAUUGAGCACUGCGAAAGUCCGUACAAUGAAGAAUUUCCAAGCGGCAUCUGGUAUUUCAAUGCAAACGGCCAUUUUCAACGACAUCGGUGGAAAUCAGAUAACGAAUCACUACACCAUUCGGGAGGAGAGGGAGCGCAACAUCUACGAUGAGUUCAGAUCCAUACGGCUUGGAGAUGUGGAGAUGAUCCGGGAGCUUGGCGACGUAACGUUUCGCAAGUUUAAUGGUUUCCGGGGCGACGUAGUCAUGUCAACGUUCACUGCCGUUGUUCAUUCUGGUCAAGGUUCAAAAUGUACGGUGUUAUCUUAUAGCGGGCCUGAUGCGGAGGAGGAAUGGGAGAGGGAUUUUAGACAGGUCUCUGGGCUACGGUGCGUUAACACCCCUGGGAUUUCUCCUACUGGCGAGUCGUUGUACUAG